UGCCUUGCCGCGUCCCUACUCGCGGCGCAAAGCCAGCUAGGCCCUUCCUACCGUUUCCUCGGAGGCUUUCCUGUCCCCGCUUGGAGGGACGCCCCACUAGGCCCCGCCCCGCUCAGUGCGACGCAGCGCUGGGCUCCGCCCCUCCCGACGUGGUCCGGCCUGGCCCGUGCACCUUGGAGUCUGGGUCCUGCCGGGCCCGCCACACCCAGCGCCCGGAGGGUCCUCCUCACAGGCCUCGGCCCGCCCCCCGUCUCCAGCGUCGCUGCCGAGCCUCGGCGAGGCGCCGGCUGUCCCGCCCGCCUCCGAAGACGAGGAGCGCCGCUGGGGCCGCACGUUUGUAAAAGAUGAAAGUGACCUUAUCAGGUUUGGAUACUUGUGAGAGUUCCUUCACGCCUUUGGUAGUCCUAGAACUUGCCCAGGAUGUCAAAGAAGAAACCAAAGAAUGGCUGAAAAACAGAAUUAUCUCUAAAAAGGAAGAUGGAGGUGCCCAGCUGCUGUUUAGACCGUUGUUAAAUAAAUAUGAGAAAGAAACGCUAGAAAAUCAGAACCUAUAUCUUGUUGGUGCCUCUAAGAUUACAUUGUUACUGGGUGCGGAAGCAAUAGGUCUGGUCAAAGAGUGUAACGAUAACACUAUGAGAGCCUUCACAUACGGAACCCGCCAUAACUUCAAAGAUUUUGAUGAUGACAAUGACGACUUCCUUACAAUGGCAGAAUGUCAAUUCAUUAUCAAACAUGAACUUGAAAAUCUUAGAGCCAGAGAGGAAAAGAUGAUCCCUGGUUACCCCCAGGCGAAGUUGUAUCCAGGAAAAUCACUAUUGAGAAGGUUGCUCACCUCCGGCAUCGUGAUUCAGGUGUUUCCACUGCACGACAAUGAAGCCUUGAAGAAGCUUGAGGACACCUGGUACACGCGGUUUACCUUUAAGUAUCAGCCCAUAGACCAUAUUCGUGGCUACUUCGGGGAAACCAUCGCUCUUUACUUUGGCUUUUUGGAAUAUUUCACUGUUGCCUUAAUCCCCAUGGCGGUCAUUGGGUUACCUUACUACCUGUUUGUGUGGGAAGACUAUGACAAGUACGUGGUCUUCGCCUCCUUCAACCUCAUCUGGUCCACCGUGAUCCUGGAAGUGUGGAAGCGUGGCUGUGCCACCAUGACCUACAGGUGGGGGACGCUCGUCAUGAAGAGACAGUUUGAGGAGCCCCGGCCGGGCUUCCACGGGGUCCUGGGCAUCAAUCCCUUCACCGGCAGGAAGGAGCCUCUCUACUCCAGCUACAAGAGGCAGCUGCGCAUUUACCUGGUCUCUCUGCCAUUCGUGUGCCUCUGCCUCUAUUUCUCUCUGUAUGUCAUGAUGAUUUACUUCGACAUGGAGGCCUGGGCCUUGAGUCUGCACGAGAAUAGUGGAUCUGAGUGGACCAGCGUCCUGUUGUAUGUGCCCAGCAUCAUCUACGCCGUCGUGAUUGAGAUCAUGAACCGCCUCUAUCGCUAUGCUGCUGAGUUUCUGACUUCAUGGGAGAAUCACAGAUUGGAAUCUGCCUACCAGAAUCAUCUAAUUCUGAAAGUUUUAGUGUUCAACUUUCUGAAUUGCUUUGCCUCGCUCUUCUACAUUGCCUUUGUCUUGAGGGACAUGAAGCUGCUGCGUCAGAGUUUGGCCACCCUCCUGAUUACGUCCCAGAUCCUUAACCAAAUCAUGGAGUCUCUUCUUCCGUACUGGCUUCAAAGGAAGCACCAUGUGCAGGUGAAGAGGAAGGUGCAGGCUCUAAAAGCCGACAUCGAUGCUACUUUGUAUGAACAAGUUGUCCUGGAAAAAGAAAUGGGAACCUAUUUGGGUACCUUUGAUGAUUACUUGGAGUUAUUUCUUCAGUUUGGUUACGUGAGCCUUUUCUCCUGCGUUUACCCAUUAGCAGCUGCCUUCGCUGUGUUAAAUAACUUCACUGAAGUUAACUCGGAUGCCUUAAAGAUGUGCAGGGUCUUGAAACGCCCAUUCUCAGAACCUUCAGCCAGUAUUGGUGUGUGGCAGUUGGCUUUUGAGACCAUGAGUGUUAUAUCUGUGGUCACUAACUGUGCCCUAAUUGGGAUGUCACCACAAGUGAAUGCCCUCUUCCCAGAGUCAAAAUUGGACCUCGUGUUGAUUGUGGUGGCAGUGGAGCACGCACUCCUGGCUUUAAAGUUUAUGCUGGCGUUCGCCAUACCUGACAAACCGCGGCACAUCCAGAUGAAACUGGCCCGAUUGGAAUUUGAAUCUCUGGAGGCCCUCAAGCAGCAGCAAAUGAAGCUCAUGGCCGAAAACCUGAAGGCGGAAUCCGGAAGGCCGUAAGGACAAGGAGGCCUGAGCGCCCACCCAGGCUGCCCCUGAGCGAGGGCAGAGGCCAGACCCAAUCCGUGGCCACAGGAAGCAGUGCCAGGCAGCAGGCACGCCCUCCCCCUGGGGUCCCGGUGGCCAGGCCUGCUCCCGCCGCCCCCCCCACCCAGGCUGCCGCAGCUGCCUGCCCCUGCCCCGGGGCCUCACCCCUCACAGCCACUGUCACACCUGCGGCCCUGGCAGCAGGUCAGGUGUGUGCCUACCACGCCACCAUGGAGCCACUCGGAAGGGGCCACCUGCUGAGCCCCAAUCGAGAGGGAGCGUGUGCCGCGAGGCAGUGUCUCCAGCACCUGGACGGCUCUAAAUACCUCUUUUCUUCCCCGGUUCUAUUUUGCAGUUAUGUUAACAGACCCUUUCUCACCAAAAACCAUAGUAACGGAGCUAUUAAAGGCAACCCGUACCUUUCUUGA